UCACACCUCAGCUCCCUCCUCGUUUCCUCUCUUCGUUAUAUACGCUUUUCCUUUUCUCUCUCUAAAACACAAAAAUUCAAAACAUGGCUUCCAGCUUCUCUCUCAUCACCACCACACUCCUCCUUCUCGCCACCAUUACCGCCGCCCAAACUCCAACUCCAACUCCACCGUCACCCCCACCAGCGUCCGAUUCCUGCAACGGCGUCUACUUAUCCUACACUUUCACAUCCGGAUCCAAGCUCCCACCAAACCGAACAUCAAAUCAACCCUAUCGCUUCGAAUCAACCCUCAGAGUCCUCAAUAACGCCGACGAAGAGCUUAAAUCGUGGAGGGUGUUUGUGGGUUUUCAGCAUGAUGAGUACUUGGUGUCUGCUUCUAAUGCUGUAAUUGCUGAUGGGUCUGCUACUUUUCCGGGUCCGGUUGGAAACGGCACCGUUUUUGCUGGGUUUCCAAGUGCCGAUCUCAAGACUGCUAUUGAAACUGCUGGAGAUGUGAAUCAGAUGUCGGUUCAGGUCGAUUUUGUGGGUACGCAGUUCGGAGUCGACUCGCCCGCUGUUCCUAUGCCUUCAAAUAUUUCUCUAGUGAAUGAUGGCUUUGUUUGCCCUAGACCUUCUAUGCAAGGAACCCGAGUGAUGCAAGUAUGUUGCAGAAAAGAUCCAAACGCUUUAACCAACAUAACCACACAAGACGAAUUUCUCCCACGCCAAUCUGGCGAUCUAACAAUCGCAUACGAUAUAAUCCGAACAUACGAAUCAAAUUAUUGGGCCGAAGUCACAAUCGAAAAUCACAACGCACUCGGACGCCUCGAUAAUUGGAACUUAACAUGGGAUUGGAUGCGAGACGAAUUCAUAAACGACAUAAAAGGCGCAUACCCUUACACCCGUGAUUCAUCCGAAUGUAUAUUCGGUCCACAAGGCGCAUUCUACCAGCAAACGGAUUUUUCAACCGUUCUAAAUUGUGAAAGAUCCCCUACUUUAAUCGACCUACCCCUCGAAAUGACCAACAACACACAACGAGGAAUGAUCCCGUUUUGUUGCCGAAACGGGACGAUUUUACCCCCGACAAUGGACCCCACAAAGUCAAAAUCCGCUUUUCAAAUACACGUUUACAAAAUGCCCCCCGAUUUAAACCGAUCUGAACUCAUCCCGCCUCAAAAUUUCAAAAUCUCCGGGCGGUUAAACCCGGAUUACAAAUGUGGAGCGCCGGUUCGGGUCAGCCCGACUGAGUUCCCCGACCCGAGCGGACUCCCCGGGCCCACCGCGGUCUCGUCUUGGCAAGUUGUAUGUAAUAUUACACAAGCGAAAGAUUCGAGCCCGCGAUGUUGUGUCUCGUUUUCUGCGUACUACAACGAGUCAAUCAUCCCCUGCCCGACUUGCGCGUGCGGCUGCCCGAAUUCUCGAACGUGUAGCGCGACCGCGCCCGCGAUGUUUCUACCCGCCCAAGCUUUGCUUGUUCCGUUUGAGAAUCGGACCACGCUCUCGACCGCGUGGGCUUCUCUCCAACGUCGGGCAGUUCCCAACCCGCUGCCCUGUGGGGACAACUGUGGGGUCAGUCUUAAUUGGCAUUUGCUGACCGAUUAUCGGGGCGGGUGGUCUGCCCGGAUUACUCUUUUCAAUUGGGAUGAUUCUUCGUUUGCUGACUGGUUUGUUGCGGUGGAAAUGGACAAAUCUGCCCCUGGGUUUGAGAAGGCGUAUUCGUUUAAUGGGACUGGGAUUGAAUUGCAUGGGGUUAAUGAUACGAUAUUUAUGCAGGGUUUACCCGGAUUGAAUUAUUUGGUUGGGGAAGUUGACGGGGAUAAUCCGAAGAGGGACCCACGGGUACCCGGGAAACAACAAUCGGUGAUUUCGUUCAAUAAGAAACUGACACCUGGCAUUGAUGUAGCUGGUGGGGAUGGGUUUCCGGUUAAGGUUUUCUUUAAUGGUGAAGAGUGUGCACUUCCGAGGGUGCUUCCGACGAGCAGUGGUUUCCGGCGGGGCUCCGGUGUGGUGGUUUCCGGUAUUGUGGCGGUUGUUAUGGCAGUGAUAUUGAUGUUGUGUUAGUUGGUAUGGAUGUGAAGAUUGAUUUUUUUUGUAGAAUUGUUUAAUUUUUUUUAAUGAGAAGGAAAAGAUCGUAUAGAGAGACUCAUUUGUAUAGAAAUGUUGUAAUAUCAUACUUGCUGCUUAUUUAUCGUC